UUCUAUAAUACACUGGGUGCGAGACUUGUUCCUGUUGACGUCACACCUAAGAUGGCGUCUGUGUUGAGGGUUAUUCUGAAGGAAUUUAAUAUUUUCGAUUGCAAAUUAUUCCGUCAUGGCUUUGCCCGUCGACGAGGAUUUCACUUUUCUGUGGAAGGUCGACGAAGCGCGACCGGAGUGAGCAAAGCGUCUCUGAGCCAGCGCUACCCUGUCACAGACCAUACUUUCGAUGUAGUAGUGGUCGGAGCCGGCGGAGCCGGUUUGAGAGCGGCUUUCGGAUUGGUGCAGAAAGGUUUCAGAGUUGCUUGCGUUUCUAAAUUAUUUCCCACUAGAUCGCACACCGUUGCUGCUCAAGGAGGUAUCAAUGCCGCCCUCGGAAAUAUGGAACCGGAUGACUGGAAAUGGCAUAUGUUCGAUACCGUUAAAGGAUCGGAUUGGCUCGGAGAUCACGAUGCUAUACAUUACAUGACUAGGGAAGCGCCUCACGCGGUCAUAGAGUUGGAGAAUUAUGGGAUGCCUUUCAGCCGGACUAAAGAUGGUAAAAUAUAUCAAAGAGCUUUUGGCGGCCAGUCUUACAAUUAUGGUAAAGGAGGCCAGGCUCAUCGUUGUUGUUGUGUAGCUGAUCGUACGGGACAUUCUUUGCUGCACACGCUUUACGGACAAUCUUUACGUUACGACUGUAAUUAUUUUAUUGAGUAUUUUGCCCUGGAUCUGUUGAUGGAUCAAGGAAGAUGCAAUGGCAUAAUAGCACUCUGCUUGGAGGAUGGUACGUUGCAUAGAUUCAGAGCCAAAAACACUAUCAUAGCCACAGGGGGUUAUGGCCGCGCCUAUUUUUCGUGUACAUCUGCCCAUACUUCGACCGGAGACGGUACUGCCAUGGUAACUAGGGCGGGCUUGCCCAACCAAGAUCUGGAAUUCGUACAGUUUCACCCUACGGGUAUUUAUGGAGUAGGAUGCCUUAUUACCGAAGGAGCGAGAGGAGAGGGAGGUUUUCUGAUUAAUAGUGAAGGCGAGCGCUUUAUGGAGAGAUAUGCUCCGGUAGCUAAAGAUUUGGCUUCUCGAGAUGUUGUUUCCAGAGCUAUGACUAUUGAAAUAAGAGAAGGAAGAGGAGUGGGACCUGAAAAAGAUCAUGUAUUUUUACAAUUAAAUCACUUACCACCUGAACAGAUAGCUGUCAGAUUGCCAGGAAUAUCUGAAACUGCCAUGAUUUUUGCAGGUGUAGAUGUGACUGUUGAUCCUAUUCCUGUUUUACCUACUGUUCAUUACAAUAUGGGAGGUAUUCCUACUAAUUAUAAAGGUCAAGUUCUUAUUCAUAAACCAGAUAAAGGAGAUGUUGUAGUUGAAGGACUGUAUGCAUGUGGAGAAACUGCAUGUGCAUCUGUUCAUGGUGCUAAUCGUCUUGGUGCAAACUCGUUAUUAGAUUUAGUUGUAUUUGGUCGUGCUUGUGCCCAUACUAUUUCUGAAUUAAACAAACCGGGAGAAUCCAUUCCUGAAUUGAAGCCAAAUUCUGGAGAAGAAUCCAUUGCAAACUUAGAUACGAUUAGAAAUGCAAAUGGGUCAAUUUUGACAUCGCAACUUCGCCUCAAAAUGCAAAAGACAAUGCAGAUGCAUGCUGCUGUUUUUAGAACAGGAGAAAGUUUGCAAGAAGGUUGUAAAAAAAUGAAUGAAAUAUUUUCUGAACAAAAAGAUUUAAAAUUAUGUGAUAGAGGAAUGGUAUGGAAUACCGAUCUGAUUGAGGCACUGGAAUUACAAAAUCUUCUUCUAAAUGCCAUCCAAACAGUAAAUGCUGCAGAAGCAAGAAAGGAAAGUAGAGGAGCACAUGCACGAGAAGAUUUUAAAUCUAGAGUAGACGAAUUUGAUUAUUCUAAGCCUUUAGAAAAUCAGAAAAAGAAAAGUUUGGAAGAACAUUGGAGAAAACACACGUUAAGUUAUGUUGAUUCAUCUGGAAAAGUAGCACUUACUUAUCGUCCAGUCAUUGACCACACCCUUGAUGAGAAAGAGUGUACCUUUAUUCAGCCAUUCAUUCGUGCUUAUUAAUGGACAUUAAAAGAACUGGCACAAUAUAAAUGCAGAUGCAUAGAUUAGUAUUUUUAGGAGCAGAGUGGUGGAUUUGUUAAUUUAAUAUUUUCAGUUUUAACUUGUAAGAAUUUGAAUUCAUAUUAUUUAACAAGAAGAAUUUCAUGUAAUGUUUUAGAUUUUCAUUGAAAGUGUAAUUUUGAUAGAAUUCAAAAUAAACAAGACUUUAAAUGCAA